AGACAAGUAUCACCUCCCCUCGCCCUUAGCUCCUCCCCUUCCAUCUUGCUUCUUCCUGAAUUUUUUGUUUGUGCAGCUACAGUGAGGAACACCACCCCUCUCAAACACCGGUCUCACAGCACCAUUGAGAGCCUAAGGAUGUAAUAAAAAUAUAUCCGUUUUUUUUAGGUGCAUUACUUUUUUAUAAUGCCUGUUCGCUGCUUACUUCUCAGUACAGCUACAACUGGAUUGUGUUGAAGAACGCCAAAAAAAAGAUGACUUCUUGUAUCUAAUUUUAUACUAUUGUGCUCUCCACUUACUGUGCAACAGUAUAAUAGUGGAAGUACCUGAUAUAGAGAUAUAUUUAGCAAAAUCUAUAAUUAUACUCUAAUGGGUGGAGAAGCAAAGGAAAGGAAAGGCUGGGGUCUCCUGCAGAUGAGAAAACCCAUGGAGGACCCAGAACAGAGCGGCAGUGAGAAGGAGCUGGGGGAUGAGGAUGAGGAGGAGGGCAAAACUGAACGGAUCCCUCUGCAGCGCUGGGUCAUGCACGGUGCUGUGAUGUUUGGACGUGAAUUCUGCUAUGCCAUGGAAACUGCUCUCGUGACUCCUGUGCUUCUUCAGAUAGGUCUUCCUGAACAAUACUACAGUUUAACCUGGUUCCUCAGCCCAGUUCUCGGUCUCCUCUUCACACCCGUGAUCGGUUCUGCCAGUGACAGGUGCACUCUGAGCUGGGGCCGCAGGCGACCAUUCAUCUUGGCCCUUUGCGUGGGUGUGCUCCUGGGAGUGGCCCUGUUUUUGAAUGGCUCACUAAUAGGCCUUUCCAUUGGCGAUCGCCCGAACAACCAGCCAAUCGGCAUUAUCCUCACUGUACUUGGUGUGGUGUUGCUUGACUUUUCUGCAGAUGCUUCUGAAGGACCAAUCAGAUCUUAUCUCCUCGAUGUCGCCGACACGGAAGAGCAAGAUAUGGCCUUAAAUAUUCAUGCAUUUUCUGCUGGACUUGGUGGAGCAGUGGGCUACAUGCUGGGGGGUUUGGACUGGAAGGGCACAGCUCUGGGCCAGGCGUUUAAGUCACAGGAACAGGUUCUCUUCCUGUUCGCAGGCAUCAUCUUCAUAAUCUCUGUCACGCUGCACAUGUUCAGUAUUCCUGAGAAACCCUUUACUCCACUGUAUAAGCUGAGAGACACGACAAACAAGGAGAGUGGCAGCCAGGUGUCUCUAAAGCCUGACGGCCCAACGCUGCCAUUCCUUGAUGUGAUUGUGGAGGAGGAUUCUUCUGCUCAAGUUCCAUUCCAGGAUGGCAAUGAAUUGGAUCCAGUGAUAAUGGAAAUGGAUUUCUUUGCUGUCGACAGAAUGCGUAGUAAAAGUGACUCGGUCUUAGCCAUGCCAGAUGCUACUAUUGUGCUGGACUCAGACCUCCACCCGGAUGCAAACCGUUUCCUCCCAGAGCCAAAUCACUUUCUACCAAAGUCACAUGGAGAGGCUGACGAUGUUUUUAAGCCAUCAGACCAAAACACUGGAUCAUAUUCCUCACCCUGGGGAGAACAGAACCCUACCAAUGUGAUCGCUUUGGAGCCGUCAGAUCCAGCAGUGAGCGCCCCUGCCUCAGAGGCCUCCAAUCAGAAACAGGUCAAAGCUGCCCCCGACCACAGUAAUGCAGUGAAAAGCCACCCUUCCACCAGGCCUGGGAAUCGCCCUUUGACCAGUUCGUCUUCAUCGCGGCCAUACAGACACACCUUCUACAGACAGCCUUCAUUCACAUUCUCAUACUAUGGACGAGUGGGAUCACAGCGUCAUCGACUGCGACGGACAACACCUUUGAGUCCUCAGCCAAUCACCACCUCUCGCAGUCUGAAUGACCUGAGUGAGCUCAAGCCCGGUACAGACAGGCGAGAGUUUCACCUGUCGACCAGCAGUGUGUCGUCUGUGAGCUCGGUCAGUGACGAAGGGCCGGACAAGGGCACGACGAUCAGACUGCUUUGGUUGUCUAUGUUAAAGAUGCCAACACAGCUGUGGAGACUGUGUGUGUGUCACCUUCUCACAUGGUUCUCCUACAUAGCGGAGGCUGUGUUCUUUACUGACUUCAUGGGCCAAGUCAUUUACCAAGGAAACCCCAUGGCUCCAGCUAACGCCACAGAGCUCCAUAGUUAUCACAGAGGAGUUCAGAUGGGCUGCUGGGGGCUGGUGGUUUACGCUGCGACUUCUGCUGUCUGCUCAGCUGUCCUGCAGAAAUACCUGGAUAAUUUUGACCUGAGCAUUAGAGUCAUCUACAUUGUGGGAACUCUGGGGUUCUCUAUAGGAACUGCAAUCAUGGCAAUUUUCCCUAAUGUUUAUGUUGCCAUGGUGAUGAUAAGUACCAUGGGCAUCAUCUCCAUGAGCAUCUCCUAUUGUCCUUAUGCCCUACUAGGACAGUACCAUGAAAUAAAAGAGUACAUCCAUCACAGUCCAGAAAACAGUCGGAGAGGCUUUGGUAUCGACUGUGCCAUCCUUACCUGUCAGGUCUACAUCAGCCAGAUUUUGGUUGCAUCUGCCCUCGGAUCUGUGGUGGACGCCGUCGGCAGCGUGCGUGUCAUUCCUAUUGUGGCCUCGGGAGGCUCCUUCCUUGGCUUCCUCACUGCCUGUUUUCUGGUCAUUUACCCUGACCAGGAGCAAAGCAACUCACAAAAGGAACAAGAUUUGCAGGUGGUGUCUGCCAAAUGUGUCCAAAAUGGAGAAAAGAGUAAUGGAGAAAGGACCACAGAACAAAAUCUGGCUCUGCUGCACCACACAGAGAAAGAUGGUUUGAGAAAAACAGAAAAUCACUCUGUUGCCUAAGUUUGUGCAUGGAUAAAAAUGUUGACAAAAAGGAAGCAACUUUUGUAGCUAUUUACACAGAAUGGAGAGUUUUUUUCCUUAUUAAGCUGAAAGUUUAAGAGUUUUUUUUUUUUUUGCAAAUUGUAUAUUCUUAUGCAUCUGAUGAUCUGUGCUUCCCUGAAGGAAAAAAAGAUAGGGGGAAAACAAGAGCGGCACAAAAACGCUACAUGAUAAAUGAGUUCAGUUCUGGGCUGCUGUGUUUGCCCUGUUGAUAACUACCUCAUCCUUAAUACAAAGAAAGGUGUGGAUUUCUUUGUCUUAUUGUAGACACAGACUACUGGACUUUUUAUUUUUAUCCUGAUGUUUAAUUUCUGAUUCUGACUGGUGCCAUUGACCUUCCAGGGUAACUUUUAAACAAUGGCCUUAUUAAGCUAUUGGUAUUUAUCAUUCACACUUGGACUGGGUCUUAACUUUAUAAUAUUUUUAAAUGGACAGUGGCCUCUACUGGCCUAUAGUGGUUUAUAUUUCCACAUUUUUCCCCCUCUAAAUCUAAUUUGAUUUGUGAAAAUGUCAGUGUUGUGUUGGCAAAUGUUUGUCACAGAUCAAUCUGUAACUAUCACACUGAGUUGAACAUGACUCCCACACCAAAUGGGUGCCAGUGUUAAUUACAACACAUAUAAAUCCAGUUAUUACUGAUUACUUUUUACUGAUCGCUUUCAUUUCUAUUUUUCCUAAGACCUGUUAAUUAUACUUAUAUACAUACAUACUGUAUAUGUAUGCCAUAUGUCACACCAACACUGCACUUUAAAGCUGCAGAGGAAAGUUUAUUUUAACCCAACCUGUUACACUAAGACUAUAAGGUCAUAUUUAUUUUACUGGCUUUUUUCCUACAAAAAAAAAUAUUUUGUCAUUACAAAUUUCCUGCAGCCCCACAUAUAUUUUUUCUAGAAUUAGUUUUUGAUCGUGUGUUUUAUACUGUGUUGCAAAUACAGAGAAGCCAGAUUAGUGUGAGGAUAAUUAGUUGAGAACAUAUUUUUAUCAGUAAUUUAGAAUUCCAGGUGACCCCACAUGGGGCCACAACCCCAUUGUUAAAAGACACUGUUGUUUUCUUUUAUAGAUGAAAACAUAUUUCCUCUGUUGAAUGAAAAACAGUCUUCAGCCUAAUCAUAACAGCCAUGUCACUGGUAAAAGAAUCUGACCUUAUUUAUUUCCGCACUUUGUACAGGAUGUCUUACUUUACAUACUGUUGUGCCUUUGUGAUCAUCUGUGACAUUCUGUGAUACAGAGCUUCCAUUCUACUGUGUCAAUCACUGACACGUUUCUCAACCCUAAUAACUUACAGGCACAUAUACAGUCAUAACACAACAGUCCAGAAUCUCAAACUUUAAAGUUCCUCUUAUGAAAAAAAACAAAGUUUGGUUUUAUUUGCAUUACCCUAAAUGACUGAUAUUUGACUAAGUUAAUGCUGACUGAUUGAACAGGUUGUUGUUCAAAUGUGGGAGUUUACACUCACCCACCUGCUGUGCAAUGAUGCAAUAUACUGUUAAGAAGUCUUAUUUCCAAUGAUGCUGACACGCCUCCUGUUUCCUUCAGAUGCUGGACUUUAUUUUAAAACAUUAGAGCAAAAGUCAGUUCUGGCAAAUGUUAGUAAGAACUACCAGAAAUUGACAGUUGCCAGUAUGACAGUUCUUUUCUACUGGUAAGGCUCUCAACCAUCUGUGAACAUUUAAAAUGUCUUACUUUUUUCUGAGAAAAGUGUUGCAGUACUGGUAUUUAAUGAAUAUUUUUUUAUUUAGAAAUUCCAUCCCCGUACAUAUCACUUUUUCAUCUCAGAGAUUUUGUCCUUUGAAAACAUUUUUAUUGUGAAGCUGCAGAAAAAGACAUGUAUCUUUGAGUUCUCUUCUAGGUUUUGUUUGAGUUGCAUUUUUUUUCUCACAGAUGCGCUCUGUUUAAGGCUUGUGAUAAUCUGUCACUGAUUUUGACUUGUAUUUCUGUACCAGAUUUUUUUAAAGACUGGAUUUACACAACAA